UCAGAACCAGCGGAGGCCAGGAAAUCACCUGCAGAGGGGAAGAGUAGAACAAGCAGCUCUUGCUCUUCCUGGCCGUCCAGGCUGAGGGUCUGCUCAGGAUGAAGGUGCUUCUGGCCGUACUGCUGGCUGGCCUUGUGUGCGUGGAGCUAGCCCAGUCCUUGCGAUGCUACACCUGCAAAGAACCGACAGAUCUCGCUGCAUGCACCUCGGUCAGCAACUGCUCUGAGAACGACACCGCGUGCAGGACAACUGUGCAUUCUGUAGACUCUGGUUACCCCUUUUUCGGGAACAUCACCGUCUCCAAAUCCUGUGCUAAGACGUGCACACCCUCCGACCCGGAUGGAAUCGGGGAGUCCCACCCCGACUCGUGCUGUCACACCGACCUGUGCAAUACCGGCGGCGUGCCAGGGCUGACAGCCGAUGCCAUGGCAAUCACAGCUGCCGCUCUCUGGACCCUCCUGAGGGUCAUGCUGUAGCGCAGCGGGGUCUCAGGCAGAAGUCCUCCUGGCCAAGCUGCCCAGCGCGUGGAACCGUUAGACACUUGAGGGAGAUAUUUCUCCAGUUAACUGUGGCUUCUUCGAUCGAUGCCGGGAAUUUAAUGGACCAAUGGAGAUCAAACCCACCCAGCUUUGAAAUCCUGGGCAGUGCUCUGCUCCCAGCUGCUAAUCAAGGGGACAUGUUGCUUCAGCAUUGACUACAUCCUGCCGCUGCACCCCUCCAGGGAUGGGGACAUGGAAGAGACGUGGCCGUUCUGCAUAGCAGGAGUUGUCAGGCGACAGGGACUGUGGGGGGGUGGGCACUGUUCUGUGCAGGGGAGUGGGGCAAGAACAGGACAGGGCCAUGGCAGGCAGGUCAAAGAACUACCCAAACUCAACCCUCAGCUAAAGCCUGUUUUCUUGUGCAGGGGAUCCAGCAUUUAACCCCAAUCCUGCCACAUUUGAUUCCUUCCUCGCAGCUCCCAAGCACUGCAGUCACCCAUCUUCCUGUCCCUAAAUAGCUUAACGUAGCGAUUCCCUGUUCUCUGGGGGCGUCAAUUUCCACUUCCCAUUUUCUCAGCACGCUUUUAU